AGAGAAAAGAAGAAGAGAAAGUGAAAGCAGAAGUGCUUUAGGCAGCUGGGUGACAAGAGUUGAGGAUGGUCUUCACGGGUCUCGGUGUAUUUGGCGAACAUGUUUUAGGUCUUCAUGCUCACAGGGGUGUCAGAUGGAUCUGGGUUCCCCUUCAUUCAUUUCCGUUGGCAUGGUGAUAAUCUGUGUGCUUGGAGCUGCGCACGGCUCCAACAGCGGUCACAUCAACUGUCCUUGCCCAGAAAUUCCUCAAAUUCCUCUGACUGAACCUCCACCUGAGACCUGUUUCCAAAAGGGUGAAAGGUUUCGCUACACAUGUGUGGAAGAUUACCUGAGGAAAGCAGGAACCUCAAAUCUCAUCAAAUGCAAAGAAAGUGACGGCAGUUGGUCAACUCCCUCCCUCGUGUGUAUACCGGACCCAAAGAGACCGCCUAAACAGCCACCAACGCCAAACACCGCAGCACCAUCUCGUCAUGCUGAUAUUCCCACUGAUAUUCCACACGACUCCAUCUUUACCACCACAAUCACAGCCUCCACCAGCCUACAGAUGACUCAGAGUAUAAGCCCCUCAGCUUCAAUGGCUGGAGAAACAAAUGGCACAGAGCCAACACCACUAAUGUCAGAUCAAUUACAGGGCACCACAGCAAAGGACAGGACGACACCAAGCACAAUGCCAAGCGCAACCACAGCUGUGCCUUCAGGAAACGGGACAGCCAAUCCUAUUGUGUCCAACAGUAUGAGCAGCAAGACAACAGCAGGAAUCACAUGUGCUUUGCUCAUGAUUGUCUGUGCUGUGAUCGGAAUCAGCAUUUGGUGUUGCAAGAGGAAGUUAAGAAGCAACAUCCCACCACCAACAACAGAAGAACUGCAACCCAUGAGUCCCCUUCCAUCUGAGCUGCCAAUGUAGUGAUUUUGUCCAUACUGGUGCCAUUACAGAGAGGUAUUACAUUGUGCUCCUGUCUUCAUCUCCAUUGGGUGAAGAAUAAGUGAUUUCCUGCACACAGGACUGCUGACAGCGUGAUUGGCUGAAGACCCAUUUGACAUUCUAUGAGCAUUACCAGAGAACACAAUGGCUGCCUCAACAGACUGUUUUUUAUAUUAUUUUUUGGAGGCAUUUUGUCUUUGAUAGGAAAACUGAAGACCGAGAGGAAAGGUGAGGAGAAGGGAUGGCAUCCAGCAGACAGGGCAGGAGUUGGAAUGAAAGCAUUAAGGAUCUAACCUCGCGCUCUGCAACAUAAGCUUCCAGGGCGCCCUGAGUUUAAGACUCUUGCACUGCCCAUAAUGAGCUUAAGUUUUGCAACUAGUUACUUGGUGCUACAACCCGACUGAGCCUUUGAAAUCAAACCGCUGCAUAUUUGGGUAUAGGAGUUUGGGUAUUGAUGCAUAAAGGGAAAUUGGAUGAACUGUCAGACAGUAGGUUCUAUUCAUUCUUAUGAAAGCAAAGCAAAAACAAAUGACUAAAUGCCUCAUAUCUACCUAUGUUGUGGGGCCAACAGAGCACUCGCAAAUUUUGACACUGCUUCCCAACUCCUGUGGAUCUGUUGAUGCGUUGUUCCAUGGAAAAAAAAUGCAGAAUUGGCUUUUGUUAAACUAUACAACCUUGUGACCGAAUGAUUUCAAUAAGGACUUAAAGGGUGUACCUCCAGAGAUUACAGGUUUACAGAUUUCCCUUUCACAAGUGACAGUACAUGGGAAGAAAAGCCUUUGCGAACCAGUGUGGGUGAUUGGACAGACCAGGACUGCUACGUCACAUUGGCAUCAAGACGUGGAUGUGUGAGGCUGUCAGGACCGGUUGCUAAGAGACUGAUUAUGACAUGACAAAGAUCAGUUCCCGGAGGUCAACACUUGUCUCUGAAAUUCAAAGACUGAUUUACACAAGUUGAUUGCUUGCUCUUAAUCUAUGAAAUUUCAUUUGUCAUACAUUUGUCAUAUAUGUCAGCAUCAAACACCAUUAUUGAUGUGUUUUAUCCUGGUACAAUCGUAUAAUUUACUAGCUUAAAAAUAUGUUUAAAGCUCCUUUGAGGAGUUUUCAGCUGGUCAUGAAACAGACUGUAAUUAAUGCUGAUCCCUCUGUAUGGGCUACAAAAGUAAACUAGACCAUAAUUGACAAGAUUGAUUAUCUGUAUGUAGUAGAUUUUAACAGUGGUGAUUCCAGAGUCUGAUGGGGGCCCUAGGCAAAAAUCCAGUGCUGUCAGAAGGUGCCUCCUUAGGGAUGUUUCCUAGUGUCGUUGCAAAAAAUGCACAUUUUGGGCCACUGCUUCGGUUUAAGAUUGUAAGCCUUGGGGGGCCCCAAGUGAUUACCUGCCUUGCCUGUUGACAAGCAGCGACUCUGCUUUGAAACUACUUCAAAUGGUAGGAGUCAGAAGAAGUGGGUUUCUGCAUGCCACCAAAUACAUCCUUUACUUACAGUGUGUAGCAAAGAUUCUCAGUGAGGGAUAUGUUUGGCUGCUAAAAGAAAGCAGGAGGAGAUUUGUUUUUGUUUCAAACAUUAUGUACACUUGAACAGGACAAAAUCAGCAAAGACAUUCAAGGUAUGACUUUAUCCACUAACUAAAAGGUCCUCACAGAAGCUUUAAGUCUGCAGUAGCUCUUUUUUAUCCCUAUGAACUGGUUUAGUCCAGCAUUCCUGUUCCAUUGUUCAUGUAUCUGCCAUUAUCUACCAAAUAUAUUUCAAUAAAGCAUUAUCCAAGUAUUUAUA